UUUCGAAUCGAAAUUCUCCGGCUGGAGCGUUUUAUUUUAAAGUUCGAUCAGUUUAUUUAACUUUCUUCGGAUACGCGUAUUCACGCGUCAAACUAUUACAUGUUUUAUUCCAUCGCUUGGAAAAACUUAGGAAUUGUACGCGUACGUACGUAUAUAAACAAAUUGUUCGUUUUUUUCGUCUUAAGUAAAACUCGUUUCGAAUCUGGUCCACGUCGGGGCGACGAGUUCACGAUGAUUCCCAGCAGUUUGAUGUCGAGCUAGUUUAAAAUUAAACCGAAGCCAGUCAGCGUAGAAAAAGAAUUUUCUUACGUAGAUUACGACCCCAAUUAGUCGAGACGUUUUUAACGACGGUGCUCGAUAAAAUUCGUCUGAACGAGCUUUAAUAUCCCUCCUCGAAACGUGUCAAUGACACAACCGUGAGUGCGAUCAUCAACGAAAGACGAUUAUUAUUCCGGAUCGAAGUUACGUGCGCGUUAUUGACAUUGAUAACCUUUACCGGUUCGUCGAGCAGCACCUCAUGAAUUUUCAUUAAUCGCGCAUUGUAUUUAGCAAACACGACUCGCGACAUGAUUCUUUAACGUCGCAUCUUCGAAAAAAUUGUGGCUCUCUCGACCGCGUGAUGCGCUAAUAACGAGGCGCGUAUAUCGGUGCUGGACAAACGUUGAGAAAUCUGGUAAAACCUCAGCGGAGUCUUUUUUCUCUUCGUAGGUGUUUCCACAGUUUCUUUUCGUGUGGGUAAACAAGAACGAGGUUCGAAAUAACGCCGCGUGUUGACCGAUCACCACGACUCGGAACAAGAACACGUCGAAGCAGAACGUUGAAGCAUCUUUUUAUUUCGCGAGGACAUUUACCUUUCACGCGAAAGACCGAAUCGGGUGGAUCGUUAACGUACGAUCCAGUUACGCGGUGACGGACGUUUCUCCGAUUGUCUCUACAUCUGUUCAAACAAGUCGAUGCCAUAUGCGUGCUUACGAUCCCUUAAUUCGAAGAUACGGCUAUGAUUUCGUACGAUCGAUAAACGAGCCCGAGUCGAGCGUGGCAUAAUCGAUAGAUUGUCGUGCAUAAGAGAAUUCAAAAUAUUGGCUUUGCGCCAGAGGUGACGACGACAAACGCGAAGACGAAGAGCGAAGACGGGGAAAUGUAACGUAGCCAAAAUAAGCACGCGGGCUCGGCAAAAAGACGAGCGUACGCGGUCGCGUAAAGUACGACGCUCUACGUGUCUACGAUAGUAAUCUCGUUCGUUUCUCGAUUCGAAAACACGAAAACCUACGAAAUGAAAGCAAUAGGUCGGCAAACGGUUCAAGUUGGGACGCUAAUUCGAAUCGCGGAGGUAAUAUAUACGGAAACGUUUGCGAUGUCGUGUCGAAUCGAGCUCGGUCGAUCGAUUUGAGAUAUCCGUUGUCGGUGAUCGAUCGGGAACGGUGCUUCAUGGAGUCUAGAUCGACGAUGACGAAGAAUCAUCGAGACAACGCCAACGGUCUGGUGAGGAACGUCGAGGCGCUCUCCAGGAAAGUUUCUCUGGCCAGUGGAAUCAAACGCAACAUCGGAGACUCUGCAUCAUUGUCCAGCAUGCAAAGAAAUUCUACCCAAGUAAGCAGCGAACUUCUCGCGUUUCCUUUCGUUGGCAUUUCUAUUCCCGCAUCGCCGCGUAGUUGGCGUUCUUCGUAAAGUCAGUCGCGUCAUCGGAGAUCGGCCGAUUCGUUUACGAACCAUUUUACGCGCGGACAGCAGCGCACGAUUCGACGAAAUGUUUCGAACGCGAGCAGAAUAAUCGACGGUCGCGAGGAAAGGCGUUCGCUCGCGAAGAAAAAGAAGUACGCUAGCGUUGCUCUCGCUACUACCGACAAUAACAGCGGUCGGACGAGGCGCGUAUACGGGGCGAGCAACCAACACGGGGACUUAACCGACAUAUAAAUAGCGUUUAGUCGAAACGGAUACGGUAGAACUCGCGUGCACGUCUUGCGAGGCGAUCCGGAAGGCACGAUUCGCUUUUCAAGGAAGGCUUCUCCUACUCCGAGCACCGACGCUCGCCGCAUCGCGAUCCACGAUACCGUCCUCAGUGAUUUCCGAGAGUUUACGCGGCUACGAUCAAUGCUCGACGCGCGAACUCGCUCUCGCCUGCUUCCUUCCACGAGCAAUUACAAGAACGAGCCUGUGGUUUACCGGUAAGCCGGUGAGCGUUUCUGCGCUCCGACCGACCCAUAUUUUCGAGAUUACACCGCCUUGUCAACGCGAUCGCGUCAACUUUGAUAGAGAGUAAGCACCGAUAUCGCGCCGCGAACGUAAGUCGGUUUAUUGACACUGCUCUCGCGGAUUCGCGUCAUCUAGCCGCGACGAUUCCAUCGACUCCGAUUUCGCGUUUUCGACGACAAAACGUGGCAGAUGACGAGGUCGGUUGAAAUUGUCGAGGGCAGCUGGCGGGUAAACGGUGUCCAGGCGACUCGAGCAAAACGCAACGUGCCAGUAAAGGGCACCGGCUGCAUCGUGAACAACGGUCUAGUUGCCUCUAGGGGAGAACUCGCUCGAAAUAGCUGCACGAGGAGAGAGACGCCGGCGCCGUGCGUCGUUAACGAGAAGAGCAACGCGGUCGUCGACGCGAGUUACCGCGCCAAACAGCGGGAUCGCUUUCUCGAAGAAGAGUUGUCGAACAAACGGUACGCCCAGAAGGCGACAACGAUCACCACGGGUAUCAGGAAGCUUCAGAGAGUCAUUCCCAAGUCGUUUUCUGUUCCUGACCAUUUGCAAGAAGGCCUCGCCACGACGCGGAGAAAAAGGACGACCCUCGAUGAUGGUAUUCUAAAAAGGUCUUCCGCGUUUCUGGCGAAUAUCGCUCAGUCCGCUUGUCGCAUCCGAGAGAAGAAAACGAGCGACGAUCGUUCAAAACGAGCAGAACGCCGUUCCUACGAAUAUCCCGCGGACUCCCCGUUUUCCACCAGAUCUUCCACCCUGAGCGGGUACUUUUCGGUCUUGAACGACUUCAUCGACGACUUUGAACCUCUUCAUCGGUCUCCGAGCGUUCACACGCUACCGGUCGAACGGAAGAAGAAGAGCGGUACUCGAAUUAAAAAGUCAGUGUCCUUCAGUUCGGAUACGAGUUUCGAAGAGAAACGUGCGCCGUUCAGAAAAGCAGCCGUUCACGAGGUCAAGGCCUACCGCAAGGGUGUCCUGCAAGAUCAUAGCGAGGCUGCCACGAUCGUCACAAAAGUGCCGUCCUCGUGGGAAACCAACAGCGAGGGCCGAACGGCCCUACUCAGAGCUGCCAGGGAUGCCGACGACGCGGCCCUCAGCGAGAUUGCCCUUCGGGUGCGAAAAUUUGGAUUCGGAGAUAUGGACGUCAACGUGGCCGAUAGCAGCGGCAGGACCGCCAUAAGCUACAUGGCCGGGAACGGAACCUCGGCGAUGUUGGAGCUAGCUUUAUCGUUCGACGGGGUGGACCCAAAUACACCCGACAACGAGGGCAACACGCCCCUGCAUUUUGCCGCGCAGGCGGGGCAAACGGAGUGUUUGAACAUACUACUGCAGAGGUGUCCGGACAUCGAAGUUGACGCUAGAAACGCGUCGGGAUUCACGCCGUUGAUGAAGGCUGCUCUUCAAGGGAGAACCAAAUGCGCGAAGAUUCUGUUGUUUGCCGGCGCGAAUCCAACGUUAAAAGAUCACGGACGCGGACUGAGGGCCGAACAGUGGGCCAGAUUCUGCGGAAGAUACGUGUGCGCCGAAGUGAUCGAAAGAUUCGCCAGGCAUCGACUUUUGGAGAGAUCAACGACGUGUCGAUGGGGCAGCGAGCCUGAAUUAGCAGCCAAAGUACUGCAAGGAAAGGUGAUGCCUAUUCCUCCGACUCCUCUGUCGCCUCCGUCUUCGGGACUGAAGUCGAAGAUUAGGAAAGUCUUCCGCACCACUUCUGGCCCGGAUCGAAAUUUUUCCUUGGUUUCGCAACUGACCAGCGCCGCUCUUUGCGCGAGCAGCCCCGCUUUGCCGAAAUCCAGCGAAGUCCCUCCCGUAGUUAAAAGUCUUCUCCGACCUCUGAGCGUCCCCCAAUUAAGAGUAACGCUGGUUUCGCCGCAGGAUUUUCUCGAUUCAAAGGACAAGUACGGUGGAAAUUUCACGGAAAAGAUCGAGAACGCGUCGACGAAACAACCGUCGCGAUCGAAGAAGAAAAAUAAAUAGGACAAUUUUCGACCUU